ACUUACAUCAUACUAAUUUAUUCUUUUUCUCUACUAGCUAUGUAUUUUUACACGCCGCCUUAAUUACCUACAAUAUUAUGUAUGCAAGUUUACAAUAACAAUCAGAAUAACCAUUCCUAACCGAAUUGAUGUGUUUUCCAGUUCACUAAUUCCCCGCCCUCGAGCGCCCGGACACAUGUCCCUCUCAACGAACAUCGUUCGAGCGCAGUCUAACGCCGUCGUGAGCUCAAAAUCUGCUACCCUACGCAUUCUCCCACCUGUCGCAUACGCCACUUCUUCACCCUCCACAUGUGCUACGACGCCCACAAUAGCACCUAUUACACCUACUCUACAUCCCAAUAGAAUCUACCUCUCCUCGCACCAAAAUUUGACACCAAUAUGGUUCAAUUCCUCGUUUCCGCACUACGAUUUCUCCGGUAGCUCGCGGGGUCCAGAUGACGAACGGAAAGUAAAGCUAGGGAAAACUCUGCGCAUUCUUCAAGAACGAUUGCCCACGUUACUCCAAUCCCCGCUUCCGCAGGAGAUCCUCUCGCCUCAUAUAUCUCUCCAUCUAUUCCCAACUACGCACCCAUAUCUUCCUACCGUAUCCGGCCGAGUCGCAUAUAUAGCCGCGCUAUGGACCUCCCCACUAGCAUGGAACCGAGUCCCGAUAAUCGGUAACGUAAAACUCGAAAUCCUAUCCGAACGAAUGGUCAGCCAGCCGUACUAUUCCUCACCCAAACGGUCCGAGGCAUUCGGCGAACAAUUGGUAGUAAAAUGGCGAACAGCCGACGGUCGGCCUAAAAGUCCCAACCCCGCCGUAACAGAAGAGGGGGAGCAAAAGCUGGAUGACACGCUUAGAGGGACACAGGGAGUGGGCGAGAAGCAAGCAUUCACCGGCUUAUUUAUCUUCGAGUUCGAUAAAGAAGGGCGGGUUAUCAGCCAUACGAUCGAACACGUAGAUGAACACGGAGAAUGGGAAAAGGGUUUGGGUGCCAAAGUCGUUGGCUUAACAGAUUGGCUCCUAGGCGGCAUCAAGGGACGUUCCGACAACGGGGCUCCUGCGUUAUGUGGAAUUACGAAUAAAAAUUCAAAAGACGGGCGGUAGACGUUGGGCAGAAAAAAUGCGCAAGAUUGAUGAUUACGACUAAAAAAUGGGGGAAAUUUUUGUCUAUUGUAAAUACAUUGUACCAUAGAGGUCGUUCUGGGAAUCACCAGUCACCACUCAACUUAAGUAAACGUUAUGUAUAUAGACCAUGUGUAAAUCAUACCUGAUCAAUUAUCUCGGU